CUAAUAUCAAUCAUCAAAUGAACUCACUUCCUUUUUGCCGUUUCACCAAUUGUUCGUUAUCUUUUUCCUCCAUCUCCUUCUUCACCUUAAUUAAUUUCUAAAUAACUUCUCCCUGGAAACAGCUUUUCAUUUGAGUUACGUACGUCAUCGUCAUGGCGAUGUGGAGCGCAAGAUCGAAAGCAAUCGGAGAUUAUGUCAAGAGAUGUGUCUGCAGCAACGGCCGUUUUAUGGCUGGCCUUGUCGACCACCGGAGCAAUCCCUUCGGCUCAUCUCUAGCCAGCGGGGUUGCAGAAACCUCUAGACACGCUCUUCCGUUUCCAUGCAACAUGGCUGCCCCUUUUCUGGUUCGGCGGUUCGAGUCCACGUUAGCAGGAAAACAACUGGAAUUACUGCAUGCUGGCGAUGCAGAUGAUGAUCAGGCAUUGGAUUUUCCCGGAGGGAAAGUUACAUAUACGCCCGAAAUGAAAUUCAUUUGGGAGAAUUAUGUGAAAAGAGUACCUUGCUAUCGAGUUCUUGAUGAAAAUGGAGACCAAAUUAUGGGUAGCAAUUUUAAGGAGAUGAGCAAGGAAGUUGCAUUGAAAAUGUACAAUGACAUGGUUACUCUGCAAUUCAUGGACACUAUAUUCUAUGAAGCACAAAGACAAGGAAGAAUAUCCUUUUACAUGACAACAAUUGGUGAAGAAGCCAUUAACAUAGCAUCUGCAGCUGCGCUUAACGAUGAUGAUCUUGUCUUGCCUCAGUAUCGUGAGCCAGGAGUUCUAUUAUGGCGUGGCUUCACAUUGCAAGACUUUGCCAACCAAUGCUUUGGAAACAAGGAUGAUGGUGGGAAAGGACGACAGAUGCCUGUUCAUUAUGGGUCCAAAAAGCACAACUACUUAACAGUUUCAUCACCUAUAGCCACACAACUUCCUCAGGCUGCCGGUAUUGCCUACUCUCUUAAGAUGGACAAACAGGAUGCUUGUGUGGUAGCGUUUAUUGGGGAUGGUGGAACUAGUGAGGGAGAUUUUCAUGCUGGCUUGAACUUUGCAGCAGUUAUGGAAGCCCCAGUGAUUUUUAUCUGUCGCAACAAUGGUUGGGCUAUCAGUACACAUAUAUCCGAACAAUUUCGAAGUGAUGGCAUUGUUGUAAAGGGUCAAGCUUAUGGAAUCAGAAGCAUCCGAGUAGAUGGAAGUGAUGCUCUUGCUGUUUACACUGCAAUUCACACUGCUCGUGAAAUGGCAGUCAGUGAGCAAAGACCAGUACUAGUUGAGACCCUUGCAUAUAGAAUAGGACACCAUUCAACAUCAGAUGACUCCACCAAGUACCGGCCCCUUGAUGAAAUUGAAUACUGGAAAAUGGCUAGAAACCCUGUAAAUAGGUUUAGAGGAUGGAUUGAAAAGAAAGGUUGGUGGAGUGAAAAAGAAGAAUCUGAGCUCCGAAUCAGCAUCAAGAAGCAGGUAUUGCAAGCAAUUCAGGUUGCAGAGCGAACAGAGAAGCCUCCAAUUGCAGAGUUGUUCUCUGACGUAUAUGAUCAGCCACCAGAUAACCUUCGAGAGCAAGAGACAGAACUCAGAGAAACAAUUAACAAAUAUCCUCAAGAUUACCCCUCUGGUUUUCCUUUCUAGAUUAAACUGGAUGUUGUAUAUCAGGACUUAAAAAGCAGUGUUACAAGUUUCCAGUAUCAAAAUUGGAUGGGAAACCAAAUUUUCUUCAUUAUAACAAAUAUAAAUAAGAUUGAGUG